AUGGCCCUCCGCACCCUCGGCGCCAAAGCAGCCGCAGCGCUCGACCAAGAACUCAUGAGCACCGGCGCCUUCUCCCUCGACCAACUCAUGGAACUCGCUGGCCUGUCCGUGUCCCAAGCCCUCUUCAAACUUCAACCUCCGAGCAAAGGAAACCGUAUCUUGAUUGCCGUAGGACCCGGCAACAACGGCGGUGAUGGAUUGGUCGCUGCCAGACACCUCUGGCACUAUGGCUACAAACCUACCGUCUACUAUCCCAAGCAACCCAAGAAUGAGUUAUACCAGCGUCUCACCCAACAACUCCGCGACCUGCAUAUCCCGUUUACAUCUGACUUUUCCGCCCAACUCUCCUCUACCGACUACAUAAUCGACUCCAUCUUUGGAUUCUCCUUUUCCGGCGAAGUCCGCGAACCUUUCCCUUCCGUCAUUUCCGCUCUCCAAGCCUCCAAAAUUCCUGUUUUGGCUGUGGACGCACCAAGUAGUUGGAACAUUGAAACAGGACCUCCGGACGAGGGACCGNGGAAAGGAUAUAACCCUGAUGCGUUGAUCAGUUUGACGGCGCCAAAGCCGUUGGUCAAGUGGUUUGAGGGUAGACAUUUUGUGGGUGGGAGGUUUNUGACAAAGGAUAUGGCUGAGAAAUAUCAACUGGAUAUUCCUCCGUAUGAAGGGCUUGAUCAGGUUGUCGAGGUGCCUGUCAAAUGA